GGAUAGCAAAGUCUCUUUGGGGCUCAGGCAAAGAUGAUAAAAUCAUAUUUCCCCUUAACCUCAAAAAUCUAAACUUGAUCAGAGAGAAAGAAAUCAGUUUGUUAGAACUACUCAACCAUUUCUUCAUGGAAACCAAAGAAACAGUCAUCUCUAACUUUGAUCAGCUCAAAGUUGUAUUUGUCCUGGAUGGAUUGGACGCUCUUAAACCUCCUCUUGACUUUGACAACAUCAAUCAGCCAGUGGAGGAUGUCCAGCAGUCAGCCCCAGUAGAUGUGUUACUGACAAACCUCAUCAGAGGAACUCUGCUUCCUUCUGCACGACUCUGGAUCACCUCCCAACCAUCAGCUGCCAAUCAGCUGCCUGAUGAAUGUGUGAACAGACAAACAGAAAUUAGAGACAAAGGCAGCAAACAGAAACUCACCACAGAGCUGAAGAAGAGAAUCCUUAGUGAGCAUGAAAGCAAAGUGAGAGGACUUGAAACUGACACAAAUCUCUUUGAGAUUCAUGAGCAUAAGGUCAAAGGAGGAAAAAUAGAUUCUUGGAGUGCACUGUUUCCUGAUUUGGAGAAAACAGGCGGGCAAAGAGUGCUGACAAAAGGAGUCCCUGGUGUUGGUAAAACAUACCAAACACUGAGGUUCAUGGUGGACUGGGCAAACAAAAAAGCCAACCAAAACAUUGACUUUGUAGUACCACUUGAUCUCAGUGAGCUGAAUUCAAGAAAACCACAGGUUCAAAACAUGAAAGAUCUGCUUCAUCAUUCCCUCAGCUCCAGUGCCAAACCAGGAGUUCUCUAUUAUGAUGAGGUCAAAGUUCUUUUCAUCCUUGACGGUUUGGAAAGAUGUGAACUUCCUCUGGAUUUUGCCCACAACAAAGACCUGACUGACAUGGAAGAACCAGCCUCGAUGGAUGAGCUGCUGACAAACCUCAUCAAGGGGAAUUUGUUUCCCUCUGCUCAUAUCUGGAUCAUCUCUCAACCUUCAGGAGUUGACAAGAUUCCUCCUGAAUAUAUCCAGAAAGUGACAGAAUGUCAAGAGACCUUGGAGAGACGGAGGAAGCUGAUAUCAGCCCUGCGAGAGAGUUUUGGACAAACCAUCCAAGAGGAAGACUUAAAUCAUUUCAAUGUGAAAAACACAGAACACAUCACAAGAGAAGUGAAGAGAAAUGAAACCACUAAUGAAGAGACAAAAGAUAAGACUCAGGUAAAUGCAGUAGCCGAUAUCUUCAAAGAUUCCAGGGGAAAAACAACAAAGACUGUUCUGACUGUUGGUGUGAAGAACAUUGGGAAAUCUUUCCAUGUGGAGAGACUAAUUAAACAAUGGACUGAAAAUGCCAACAGGUCAGUUUUAACAUGGCCUACAGAUCCAAUGAUGGGCAGAGCCAAAGAAGAUGAAGUAAUAUUUCCUCUUAACCUCUCACGGCUCAACUCUAUCAGAGAUAAAAAAGUCAGCUUGUUGGAACUACUCAAUCAUUUCUUUGAGGAAACCAAAGAAACAGUCAUCUCUAACUUUGAUCAGCUCAAAGUUGUAUUUGUCCUGGAUGGAUUGGAUGCUCUUCAGCCUCCUUUUGAGUUUGACAACGACGACACCUUGACUGAUGUCCAGCAGUCAGCCUCAAUAGAUGUGCUACUGACAAACCUCAUCAGAGGAACUCUGCUUCCUUCUGCCCGGCUCUGGAUCACCUCUCGACCACCAGCUGCUGAGAAGUUGCCAGAUGAAUGUGUUGACAGACGGACGGAAAUAAGAUAUACACCUGAUCUUGAAAGUCAAUGGAACCUAAAAUUUCAGCUGAAGGACCAGUUUACCCAUGUGAAACUGGGGCUGGACAUGGAGAAAACCUCUACUCUUCUGAACGACAUCUACACAGAUCUCUACAUCAUUGAGGGAGAGAGAGGAGAGGUUAAUAUGCAGCAUGAGACCAAACAGAUUGAAGGUGCAAAAUUCAAACCACAAGAAACCUCCAUUAAGUAUAACGCCAUCUUUAAACCAUCACCAGGAAACAGCAAACACAUCAAAUCUGUGCUAACGACUGGAAUGGCAGGCAUUGGAAAGUCAUUUGCAACAAUGAAAUACAUGCUGGACUGGGCUGAGGACAAGUCUCACACUGACAUCUUUUUCAUGUUCCCACUUUCUUUCCGGGAGCUAAAUUUAAGAAAAGAUGAUGAGCACAGCUUAGAGGAACUCAUUUUCAGCUUCUUUCCAGGAAUGAAGACAUCGGAAAUAAAAGACUAUGACAAGUACAAGAUCCUGAUUGUCCUAGAUGGUUUUGAUGAGUGUCGCCUUGAUGUUGACUUCAGUGAAAGUGAGUACUGUAGGGAUGUGAGAAAGAAAACCUCAGUGAAGGUCCUGCUGGCAAACCUUAUCAAAAGAAAUCUGCUCCCUGAAGCCCAAGUCUGGAUCACAUCCCGACCUGCAGCAUCCAACAGUAUCCCUGCUGAUAAAGUUGACCGGGUUACAGAGGUGCGAGGCUUCAAUGAUGACCAGAAAGAAGAGUACUUCAGGAAGAGAUUCGAUGACCAGGAACUCACUAAGAAAAUCUUGUCACAUGUCAAGAAUUCAAGAAGCCUUUACAUCAUGUGUCACAUCCCUGUGUUCUGUUGGCUCACAUCAAAAGUUCUGGAGGACUUUGUGAAAAGAAAAGAAGAAGGAAAGAUGCCCAGCACUCUAACUGCCAUGUACAUACACUUUUUUUUGAUACAAUGCAGGCAGGCAAAUGUGAAGUAUGGCACAGGUGAGACGAGUGAGAAUUCUGAGCCUGAUUCAUGCUGGAACCAGAGAAACAAGACAACGGCUGUUUCUCUGGGGAAGUUGGCUUUUGAAGGACUGGAGAAGGGAGACCUUGUCUUCACUGAGGAAACUUUGACAGAGUGUGGUGUCAACAUCACAGAAGCUGCAGUCUUCUCUGGUGUUUUUACCCAAAUCAAACGAGAAGACUCUGGGCUCUACCAGCAGAAACUCUUCUGCUUUGCCCAUAUGAGCAUACAAGAGUUCAUGGCUGCUUUUUAUGUGUUUCACACAUUCAAUAAUGAAGGUUUAAAUCUGCUUACCACACCACCACCAGAAGAUGCAGACAAGCAUGCAUCUGACUUCUUCAAGACAGCAGUAGAUAAGGCCUUAGGUAGCAAAAAUGGAGACUGGGAUCUGUUUCUCCGCUUCCUUCUUGGCAUUUCUCUGGAGAGAAGCCGGACUCUCCUCAAAGAUCUGCUAAAGCAGACAGAAAACAGCAAAGAGACCAAUAAGAAAACCAUUGCCUACAUCAAAGACAAGAUCAGAGAAGAGGAGCAUGAUUCAGAACAAAAGUUCAAUCUUUUCCACUGUCUGAAUGAGCUGAAUGACCAGUCCCUUGUAGAAGAAGUCAAAAAGUACCUGCAUUCAGAAACAGGGACAUUUGGAAACGUCUCUGCAUCCGAGUUAUCAGCUCUUUCCUUUGUUCUGCUGACUUCAGACAAAAACCUUGAUGUGUUUGAUCUGAAAAAGUACAGGAAGUCAGACAAAGUACUUCUUGGGAUGCUGCCGGUGGUCAAAGUUGCCAAAACUGCUUCGCUGAGUUGGUGUGAGCUCACUGAGAAGUCUUGCAAUGGUCUCUCAUCAUCAAUCCUCAGCUCUGCAUCCUGUAAUCUCACAGAGUUGGACCUAAGCCACAAUGAUCUGCUAGAUUCAGGAGUGAAGUUCAUUGCUGAUGGCCUAAAGAGUUUACACUGUAAACUGGAGACUCUCAAACUGUCAGGUUGUCAGGUGACAGAGAAAGGCUGCUCAUUCCUGGCCUCAGCUCUAGAGUUCAACACAGCCUCAACCCUGAAACAUCUAGAUCUGAGUUACAACCAUCCAGGAGCUGAAGGGGAAAGGUUGCUCUCUGCUAUAGCUGAAGAUCCAAAGAGAAGCCUGAAGACACUCUGCUUUGACUACUUUGGAGAGCAUCGCUUAAAGCCAGGAAUGAAAAAAUAUGAUGGAUGUCUGAAACUUGAUGAAAAUACUGCAAGCAAGAGACUCGUUCUGUCUGAAGGAAACAGGAUGGUGAAGACUGUGAGGAAGGUGAAGGAAAAGGUGCAACGAGAAGAAAAUGAGGAAAGGUUCAAGAGGUCUCAGGUGUUUUGUGAAGAGGGCCUGAAGGGUCUCUGCUACUGGGAGGUGGAGUGGAAAGGGACUGUCGGCAUUGCAGUGGCUUAUAAAGAAGUGGGAAGGAAAUGGGACCGCAAGAGUGGUAUGGGAUGCAAUGACAUGUCCUGGAGUCUGCUCUGCUCAAAGGAUGGAUACACUGCCAUACAUGGGACAACAUCCAUACAUAUUAAACAGCCGUUUUCCCAGAAGAUAGCAGUGCUUCUGGACUGGGAAGCUGGCACUCUGACUUAUUGCAGUGAUACUUCAGGAGAGCUGAGCCCUAUACACACCUUCAGAGCCAAAUUCACAGAACCAGUUUAUCCAGGCUUUUGGUUUAAGUGGGGCUGUGUAACUUUGUGUGAGACAGAUAAAACCUCUAUACCAUGGAGUGAACUCAUGCCUCAACUGCCAGAGCAGGAGGAAAAAGCAGAAGCCAAAGUUGCAAAAUUCACAGUCCCUCAAAAAUGCAACUUGAAAAGAGCUCCAGAAGUGAGGUACAACCGUGCAGCAACCACCAGGAUUAAAAAGAAAGGUCCCCAAAGAAUGGUGCAAAACACUCCAGCACCCUCAGAAAUGCUGGAGAAAUCCGCAGGACCUCAAAGGGAAAGAAACGGAUCUAAAGAUAAUCCUGUAAACUUCAGUCAAGAAGAAUCUGGACCACCUGUUCAUAGGAGACAGAACUCUCCCUCACCAAGUGUUGUCUCCAUGAUAAGUAACCUAUCCAAGGAUAUGCCUCUGGACUUCAAGAAGGAAGGACAAGGGGCAAUCAUUCUAGACAGACCAGACUCUCCUUCACCAAGCGUUGUCUCCAUGAAAAGUGACCUAUCCAAGGAUAUGCCUCUGGACUUCAAUAAGGAAGGACAAGGCGCAAUUGUUCCAGAGAGACCAGACUCUCCAUCCCCAAGUGUUGUCUCCAUGAAAAGUGACCUAUCCAAGGAUAUGCCUCUGGACUUUAGUAAAGAAGUACAAAGUGCAAUUGUUGCAGAGAGACCAGACUCUCCUUCACCAAGCAUUGUCUCCAUGAAAAGUGACCUAUCCAAGGAUAUGCCUCUGGACUUCAAGAAGGAAGGACAAAGGGCAAUCAUUCUAGGCAGACCAGACUCUCCUUCACCAAGCAAUGUCUCCAUGAAAAGUGACCUAUCCAAGGAUAUGCCUCUGGAUUUUAGUAAAGAAGGACAAAGUGCAAUUGUUGCAGAGAGACCAGACUCUCCUUCACCAAGCGUUGUCUCCAUGAAAAGUGACCUAUCCAAGGAUAUGCCUCUGGACUUCAAUAAGGAAGGACAAGGUGCAAUUGUUCCAGAGAGACCAGACUCUCCUUCACCAAGUGUUGUCUCCAUGAAAAGUGACCUAUCCAAGGAUAUGCCUCUGGACUUCAAUAAGGAAGGACAAGGGGCAAUCAUUCUAGACAGACCAGACUCUCCUUCACCAAGCGUUGUCUCCAUGAAAAGUGACCUAUCCAAGGAUAUGCCUCUGGACUUUAGUAAAGAAGGACAAAGUGCAAUUGUUCCAGAGAAACCAGACUCUCCUUCACCAAGGGAAAUUAUUCCAGAGUGACCAGACUCUUCCUUCACCGAGGGGUUAUCUUCAUGAAAAGUGACCUUUCCGAGGAUAUGCCUCUGGACUUAAGUCGAGGAGAAUGAAAGAUUUUUUUUUGUCAUUCUUAAAAUAAAAAGUACCUUUUUAAUUUUGCAUGCUUUUUCAUAUUGCUUUAUUUAAGACAAAGAAAAGAAAUUGAAUAUUGAAUUUGUCUUUCCUCAUCAACAAUUCAGGAAAUGUAUUUUGUUUAUUCAGAGUUGUUGAGGAAAUGGAAAAUGCUGAUAUCAAUUUUACAAGAAGGAAUAGAAUAGAAUGCAUUUAUUGUCAUUGUACGGUCAGUACAACAAAAUUAAAAUGGCACUUCUGAUAAACAGUGCUGCUUUAAAAACAGACAAUCAUGG